AUGGCUCUUGGCAUGACUGCGUUUGUCAAUUAUAUCCAGCUACAGGUGCGGCAACGCUGCGUUAUAAUCGUUGUAUUAGCCCUGGCACUCGUCAAAUUAAUUGACAACCGUCGUCGAGGCCAUCUGGACCAGCUUCGAAUCCAAGAAGCGCUAAGUCGUCAACUAUCUCUCGAGUUUGACCACUCCAAGAAUGACAAUACAUCUACCAGUCCGAAAACUGAUCCUGUUGAAGAGUGGAAUAUCGUGGCAGAGGAUAGCACGAUGGCCUUAUCUCUAGUCUAUUACCCGAUAGACAAGCCCGAAAUGCACCACGUGUUGGUGCUUGUUAUUCCAGGUAACCCGGGUGUUCCAUUUUACUAUCUCCCACUCAUGCAAGAGCUCAUCAAGCUGCACGGAAGACGUCACGAAGUCCGUUGCCUUUCACAUGCUGGUCACUUUAUGCCUUGGAAGAAUAACGACCGUGCUUUCACUCUACAAGAGCAGCUAGAGCAUAAAGCAUUUUAUAUUGAACAGCGUUUGCUCGAAGAUCCGUCGCUGCAGCUUGUGGUAAUCGGACACUCGAUUGGCAGCUACUUUGCACUGGAUAUUGCUCGGCGAUUUCCUAAGAAAAUUGCCAAGCUGGUGCUGAUGCAGCCAACUAUCAUGCACAUGGCAAAGUCUCGCAAAGGCAAGCAGAUGAUGCCGCUAUUUAAUCAUUACGAGCAUGGAGUCAAAUUAGUCAAGGCAGUUGAUUUUAUUGUUCCUCCUUUGAUUCGUCUCUGGAUUGUACGUUGUAUAGUGGGAUCAAAAACGUCUAAGAUGCUGCAAUUAGCAUCACUGUCACUAGUCAAUCCAAGUGUCAUGCGCAAUGUAUUGGGGAUGGCAGCAAAUGAAAUGAAAAUGGUGACGGAUCUCGAUCAUAAUUUAAUCACAAAAUUAGAGACAAGGACGCUGUUUGUUUACUCUGCAGUAGACGAGUGGGUGCCACCAGAGUUUGUGCAAGAGAUUCAGGUGCGAUUUCCGAAUGGGCAACACCGCAUCGUGCCGCAAGCUCACGCAUUUAUGAUGGAAGCGAACGGAAGUCGUGACAUGGCUGCGCAUAUCUCACAAUGGAUUGGUGACGUUCUCGAUAUUUAG